CCGAGCGGCGCAGGCCCGGCGGCCGCGCAGGAAGGGGAGGGCAGGCAGGCGGCGGCCGCCAUCAUGCGCGCGCCGCCGGGGCUGGUGCGGCUGCUGUGGGCGCCCGGCUGGGGACGGCCGCCGCGCCGCUGCCUCGGCGCCAUGGCCCGCUACGGCACGGAGCUGCGGGGGCGGCCCAACUCCGCCGACUACCGCCUCUACUUUAAAAAUGCAGAUGGUAAAUAUAUUUCCCCAUUCCAUGACAUUCCACUCUUCGCUUCACCCAAAGAGGAAAAAGAGAUUCCUGCAAAGAGGUCAAAGACUACUGGAACUGAGGUCCUGUUUAAUAUGAUUGUAGAAGUACCUCGUUGGACAAAUGCAAAAAUGGAGAUUGCCACUGAGGAGCCAUUGAAUCCCAUUAAACAAGACACAAAGAAAGGCAAGCUUCGAUAUGUGGCAAAUAUCUUUCCUCACAAGGGUUAUAUAUGGAAUUAUGGUGCCCUCCCACAGACCUGGGAAGAUCCAAAUCACAAAGAUAACAUUACAGGAUGUGGUGGGGAUAAUGAUCCUAUUGAUGUUUGUGAAAUAGGUUCAAAGAUUCGUUCCUCUGGUGAGAUUGUUCAGGUGAAGGUCUUGGGUGUUCUAGGUCUUGUUGAUGAAGGAGAGACAGAUUGGAAGAUAAUUGCUAUUGGUGUGGAUGAUCCAGAUGCUCAGAAAAUCCAUGAUAUUGAUGAUGUCAAGAAGCACAAACCUGGUUACCUUGAGGCUACAGUUGACUGGUUCCAAUUAUAUAAAGUUCCUGAUGGUAAACCAGAAAAUCAUUUUGCUUUCAAUGGAGAAUUUAAAGACAAGGAUUUUGCUCUUGAAAUUAUUAGAUCUACCCAUGAAUGCUGGAAAGCUUUACUUCACAAAAAAGCUGAUGGAGGUGAUAUUAAGUGCACAAAUGUUCUGGUGAGUGGCAGCCCAUAUUGUUGCAGUGAGGAGGAUGCCCGGUCAAUCGUGCAGUCGGCACCGAUGCCUGUGACUGGAGAUCCCCUUUCCCCAGAAGUUGAUUCCUGGUACUUUUUUCCGAAGUGAUGGCCACAGUGUUGCGAAGCUGCAUCUUCAGAUCUUCAAGUCAUCAUUUUUUUUGAAGACAGGCAAAAGUACUAAUUGCUGGAUUCCUGUUGAAGCAGCUUUUCAGCUUGUGUAAGCCUUCUCUUAUGUAAAUAAACACUGACAAUAUAAAAGAAA